AGCACGUGAUGCGUUGCUAAGUCAAACUAUCUCUAAUGUCUGAAAGCCGGGAAGUGUGAAUACGAAAAUGGCAACCGCCGUAAAUGAUAAAAGAACGGUCAUAAUUGCUGCAAGGGAGAGAGGCCCUGGUCCAGGAAGAUAUGCCCUCCCAUCGUCUAUUGGGUUCAUGUCCCAUGACUGCACCAAGCGUAUGAAGCCUGCAUACUCUUUUGGGCGAAGAUUGUAUGACGAUUUGUACAGAAGUGAUUGCAGUCCAGGACCUGCUUACUUUAUUGAUCCACGAAUCACACGUCAUGGAAAUGAUGGUACACCAGCCUACUCGAUGUUAGAGCGUCAACGUGAUCCAAACACCUUUAAGACUCCAUCCCCAGGAGCUUACUCCCCGGAAAAGGUUCACCCUCAAGGUGAGAGAAACGCAGCCAGAUACUCCAUCUCUGCCAGAACCCCCUAUAGACAGCGGGACCAGAACCCAUCCCCUAAUAAAUACUGCCUGCCCGCUGUCCUCGGUAACAAACAACCAAACAAGCCGGCACCUCCUGCUUACUUCAUGUCCAGCAGACAAAAUAUAGGCAGUUACGUUGAAGAUUUGGCUAAGACUCCCGGCCCAGGGCGAUACAAUGGAACACACCCGGACAGUUACAUGGUCAAGUCUCCACUGUAUUCCAUGAGGAGCAGGAGUUACAUGCCUGGAGACAACACCAAGAAGCCAGGCCCUGGACAACACAGCCCUGAGAGGGUCAGCAUCAAUAAGCAGGCCCCACCAAAGCACUCCCUCGGUAUCCGACAUUCCGAGUUCAUCUGUCCUCUCAUUACCGAGUGCUAAAUUAACAUGGUUUUUCAUGUUAAUUAAUAUAGAAGUGCAAUAUUUUACUUAUUCAAUUUUAUCACUGUAAUUUUACAAAUGUUACAACUUACAUCAAUUCAAUAUUUUCCAUGUGCUUGAAAUUUGUAAUAGUAACUUAUCAGUCAACUACCAAUAGAAAGAGUAAACACCUUCAUACUGUGAUUUAUACAAUUAACCACCAUUUACACAUGAUUACAAUGUCAUACAUCAAAUUAUUAUUUUUUAAUAAAAUAUAAAUAAAAUAAGAAAAUAAGAUGGAUACACAUACUUUUUUGUUGU